GCACACAAUGGGGAUCUUACAGUUAGACCCACAUGCAAGCCUGGCUUCUCAGAACAAGACUACACAGCAUUCAUCUCCCAGAAUAUCGUGGAAGGGCAGAAGUUACUCAAAGUAAAAUUUAAUAACUGUGCUGGCAACAAGGGCGUGCGGUACGAAACCAACAGCCUGGACUUCAAGGUGAGGGCGGACGGGACCCUGUUCGCCGCCCACCACCUGCAGGUGCCCUCCAAGCAGCUGAUCCUGGUGGUGACCGCCUGGGACCCCCAGAGCCUGGGCACAUGGGAGGCCAUGGUCAGGUUCCUGGUGGCAGACAAGUCCCAGCACAACGGACACAAGCCCAAAGGAAGGAAGGCGCUGCCCGGGGAGCUGGUGCAGCAGCAGAGUGACACGCUGCUGCCCUGGAGGCAGCACCAGAGUGCCAACGGGCUGCGGCGGCAGAAGCGGGACUGGGUCAUCCCUCCCAUCAACGUGCCCGAGAACUCGCGCGGGCCCUUCCCGCAGCAGCUGGUCCGGAUCCGCUCGGAUAAGGACAAGGAGAUCCACAUCAGGUACAGCAUCACUGGAGUGGGAGCCGACCAGCCGCCCAUGGAGGUCUUCAACAUCGACCCCGUGUCCGGCAGGAUGUACGUGACCCGGCCCAUGGACAGGGAGGAGAGAGCUUCCUACCACCUCCGGGCUCAUGCAGUGGACAUGAAUGGAAACAAGGUGGAGAAUCCCAUUGACCUUUACAUCUAUGUGAUUGAUAUGAAUGACAACAGGCCGGAGUUCAUCAACCAAGUCUAUAAUGGAUCUGUUGAUGAAGGCUCUAAACCAGGGACCUACGUGAUGACGGUGACGGCGAACGACGCGGACGACGCCACCACGGCCAACGGGAUGGUGAGGUACAGGAUCGUCACCCAGACCCCCCAGAGCCCCUCCCAGAACAUGUUCACCAUCAACAGCGAGACUGGGGACAUCGUCACCGUGGCUGCUGGCCUCGACAGGGAGAAAGUUCAGCAGUACAUAGUGAUUGUUCAAGCAACAGAUAUGGAAGGAAAUCUGAACUAUGGUCUCUCAAACACGGCCACAGCCAUCAUUACAGUGACAGAUGUGAAUGACAACCCCCCUGAGUUCACCACCAGCACUUACUCAGGAGAGGUGCCUGAGAACAGAGUGGAGGUGGUGGUGGCAAACCUGACGGUGCUGGACCGGGACCAGCCGCACUCUCCCAACUGGAACGCCAUCUACCGCAUCAUCAGCGGGGACCCCUCGGGCCACUUCACCAUCCGCACCGACCCCGUCACCAACGAGGGCAUGGUCACCGUGGUGAAGGCAGUGGAUUACGAGAUGAACAGAGCUUUCAUGCUGACAGUGAUGGUGUCAAACCAAGCUCCCCUGGCCAGUGGCAUCCAGAUGUCCUUCCAGUCGACAGCAGGAGUCACCAUUUCGGUCACAGAUGUCAACGAGGCCCCGUAUUUCCCAACCAACCACAAGCUGAUCCGGCUGGAGGAAGGGGUGCCCACGGGGACGGUGCUGACCACGUUCUCGGCGGUGGAUCCCGAUCGCUUCAUGCAGCAGGCAGUAAGAUACUCUAAGCUGUCAGAUCCUGCAAACUGGCUGAACAUUAAUGCCACAAAUGGUCAGAUCACUACUGCUGCUGUCCUUGAUCGAGAGUCAGACUACAUUAAGAAUAAUGUCUACGAGGCCACAUUCUUGGCGGCUGACAACGGAAUCCCCCCAGCCAGCGGCACGGGCACGCUGCAGAUCUACCUGAUCGACAUCAACGACAACGCGCCCGAGCUGCUGCCCAAGGAGGCGCAGAUCUGCGAGAAGCCCAACCUCAACGUCAUCAACAUCACGGCCGCCGACGCCGACAUCGACCCCAACGUGGGGCCCUUCGUCUUCGAGCUGCCCAGCGUGCCCUCUGCAGUGAGGAAGAACUGGACCAUCUCCAGGCUCAAUGGGGACUAUGCCCAGCUCAGUUUGCGGAUCAUGUACCUGGAAGCAGGAGUGUACGACGUGCCCAUCAUCGUGACAGACUCAGGAAACCCCCCCUUGUACAAUACCUCGGUCAUCAAGGUGAAGGUGUGCCCGUGUGACGAGAACGGCGACUGCACCACCAUCGGCGCCGUGGCUGCCGCGGGGCUGGGCACGGGGGCCAUCAUUGCCAUCCUGAUCUGCAUCAUCAUCCUGCUGACCAUGGUCCUGCUGUUCGUGGUGUGGAUGAAGCGGCGGGAGAAGGAGCGGCACACCAAGCAGCUGCUCAUCGACCCCGAGGACGACGUCAGGGACAACAUCCUCAAGUAUGAUGAGGAGGGAGGUGGAGAGGAGGAUCAGGAUUACGAUUUAAGCCAGCUCCAGCAGCCAGAGACCAUGGAUCACGUGCUGAACAAGACACCUGGAGUCAGAAGGGUGGAUGAAAGACCUAUUGGUGCUGAGCCACAGUAUCCCAUAAGACCAGUAAUCCCACACCCAGGGGAUAUUGGUGAUUUUAUUAACGAGGGCCUGCGUGCAGCAGACAACGACCCCACAGCCCCCCCCUACGAUUCCCUGCUGGUGUUUGACUACGAGGGCAGCGGCUCCACGGCCGGCUCCGUCAGCUCCCUCAACUCCUCCAGCUCCGGGGACCAGGACUACGACUACCUGAACGACUGGGGGCCCCGCUUCAAGAAACUGGCUGACAUGUACGGGGGAGGAGAGGAAGAUUAAACUGACCUCAUCUUGUUACAAAAAAGAAAAAAAAAAAAAAUUUAAAAAAAAAAAGAAGGAGGAAAAAAAAUUAAGAAACAAAAAAAAACCAACGAACCCACAGACAACGUUAACGAAAAGAGCCGAUGCAGGAGCAAGAACUGUACAGAUGUGGCAGCUUUUUUAAUUAAUAUCCCCUGCUGACUGUAUUGUUAUUUUUAGUGGUGAUAUAGGAAGUUUCUUUAUUUUUUUUUCAUUUUUUUCUGUUGUAUUUUUUUUUCCUAGAAUAUUGAGCUGUCUCGCAUGAACACUUGUCUCUGCUGCAGGUUUCUUUUUGGGUUUUUUUUUGUUUUUUUAAUGUCAGCUGGGAUAUUGCUCGUUUACCUGCUUUAUGACUAAAGAGAGUGAAAGGCACUCUGUCUUAACUUGAAUUUCUUAGAACAGAAGCACUGUUUUUAAAAUAUAUAUAUAUAUAUAUAUAUUUGAAAGUGCCUUUUGGUGCAUGUGUCAGAUUCCCUUCAAUCUCAGGAGUGAUGAAAACAAACAUACAACCAUCCUGGGCAGCACUCCCUGUGACCCUAAGCCAGUUCUAGCUGGGAAGGAGUUAACAAAAAGGAACUGUGGAGAUUGUUUCUUUUUUGCCUUUUUUUGUUUUGUUUCAUUUUGUUGGUUUUUUUUAAGGGGGUGACUCAUUCUGGGGUGGAAGAAGAUGGGGGGGUGGGGAGGGGGGGGAGAUGUUUUGAGUCAAAAUCUUAACAGCCAUCUUUAAGCCUCAGCAGGUGGUGAACUAGUCAUCAUGUUGUAUAUAAUUCAGUGUUAUCAGAUGCAAAAUACUGACCAGAGGGCUCUGCUGGCCCCUGGUCACACUCAAUGUAGCUGCAUAGAACUAUAGCAUUGAUAAAGCCUUUGGUUAUUGCAACAGAAAUCUCCGACAGCCCUUGCCUAAACCCUCCGAAGUAAACGGUGACAUGACCAAAGGCCCAUCUGUUUGUUUUUCUGCUAUCGCCGUGUUUUGGCUCCCACGGACACGCCGGCGGGGUGAGGAGGAGGAGGAGGUGAUGGUGAUGGUGAUGAUGGUGGUGGUGUCCCCCAUCCCUGAGGAUGCCCAGCACUGGUGCUGCUCUCCUGGGCUGAGGCAGGGUUUGUGCUCGCGGCCGAGGCAGUGCCAAGGACAGGGACAGCUUACCCACACUGCUCCCAUCCCUGAGUUUGGAGUCAGUCUCGUUCCACAUUAAUGCCUUGGAGCAUUAGUAGCCAAAGCUCAACAACAUCGUGUAACUCAGCUAAUGUGUGUCCUUUCUAUUCGAUGGGUAGGCGCUGCUAUCUGUAGUAAAUGUGUUUUUUUGGAGAAGAAGUGCAACGAGGGCCUGUUAAGUAUCUUGUGGUUAAUAUGCUCAAGCAUUGCCAAGUAAGCAAGAGGUUUCGCAGCAUCCAGGCAUAAUUCAACAUCAGUAUUAUAAAUGGUAGCAAACUACCUAGUUUAUAUGUAGGGUCAGUUUAACCAAUAACAAAUAGUUAUUAGCUUUUUUUAUUACAUUUUUCCUUUACUGAUUUGGACUAGUGGGUUUAUGUCUAAUGUUUGUAAAAUGAUUUAGACUGCAUGGAUGUGUAAUAUAAACCACAUUUAAUGGAUUAUGAGCCACUUAAUUAAUGUGCUAUGAAAUCUUGGAUUACCUGUGUUUUAUAUUCUGCAGACGAUUUUGCAGUGGGUUCGCUAAAACUUGUAAAAGUGCUUAGAUAUAUUUUCCUUUAAAUCCAAGAAUGUGCACAGUAUUGGAAGGUGAUUAUCCAGGGGAUAAUCACACUUUUUUUGAUAUCUCUAUUGAUUCUCAAGUUGAAUGCUAAGAGUUAAAGGGGGGGAGGCGGGGGGAGCGAGCGCGUGCACAUGAGAGCGAGAAUGAGAGGACGAGAGCUUGGGGUGAUGAGUGGGCGCCUUUCAGAGGGUAAACUGGGCUGCAAGAUCGUCUCUAUAGAUUUUUGAAAUGCUCCUAGUGCAUUUUAUAUUUCAUUGUAUCAUAUUUUCUAUAAAAUGCAAUUUCUGUAAAUUAUUGAGCAUUUGAAAUGUGUCUUGUAUGAAGUGGAAUAUGGUAAAAGUCUGCCCGAGGGGACUUCAGCAUUACCAGGAUGUUAUCAACUACCAAGGGUGACAUCUUUCUUUUUGUCUUGGUCGGCCAGUCAAUGGGUCAGUUUGUCUUUCACAGCUCAGAGAGCAAACUCACUCUCACCCAAGGUUCUUGAGGAGACCAGGAGGCAAUAGUGUGGACCUCAGAGGAGAGGGACGGCGCUGAUGGCAGCAGCAAGGUGAGGAUGUCACACCAUGGGCAGGCAUGGGCUGGCAGCACCUGACACUCUUCCAGAUUCCCAUUCCAUUGCUGUGAACUCAGUCAUCUUGUGUGACCACCAUGAAAGUCUUGGUUUGCUUCUGCCACGUGCUGUCCCCCUCCUCUUGGCAAACCUCACAGCCCCUGUUCCCUGGCACAGAGGCUGCAUGGCGCUGCAGCCUCUCUUCCUUACCCAUGGCACUCUUGGUUCUUCCCUGUUUCUUUUGGAAAAGCCACAGGCUGGAAAAUUUCACCACCAGGGCUUUGCACCUCUGCAGAAGCUGCCUGGGCACAGGCACAGUGAAUAAUAAAAAUGCUCUUGGUGUUUCCUGCUGCUGGUGUCCGUCGCCGGAGCCUCGUCACGACACGGGAGGAGGACUCAGCUGGAGGGCCAGGUGAUGCUGAUGGUUCUCCAUCCCUUGGGUUGUGCCACUGCCUGCCAGCUCCUGGAACGCUCGUGUGGAUCCUGCAAAGCCAGGUCUCUGCUGUGAGCUGUGCCCUGCCAUCCACCUGGCACUGCUUACCUGGGAGAGCAGCUCAGUCUCUGCUCCAGAGCACUUGGUGCUUAACAUCUGCUGUGGUUUUGGCUGGGAUGAGGGGUUUCAGGUAGGGAAGGGCUGCCAGGGAUGUGGGAUGGCAGCUCCAGGCCAUCAGCAGUGCACACUCUCCCCAGCAGUGAAAGGAGCCAUGAAGGGGAUGUUGUCUGACUUCAGCUUGUCUAAACAUUUCAGGUUUUCAAGAAUUUAUGCAACCUAAGUCAAACGACGAGUGAUUAAAAAUAAACCAACCUGUUUCCAUUGGUGAUUUUUUUUUAAAUCAGCAGAUUUUUUUUUUUUCUGCAGCAUUUGCAAUCCAGCCGUUCCAAUACCACGAGCCUAUAAAUCAAACCAACCAGAUUAUUGUGUUUUGACCCAGUUCUGUUCAGUCUCCCUCUGCAGGACCUCUUCCUUCUUUUCCUCUUCCCCUUUUCCUCCCUGUAUACUCCCUCUCUGAGAUUUACAGCCCCACAAGCAGCAGCAGCAGCCUCAGGCCACUUUUCUCACAGUGGGACCCAUGAAAGGUAAGCAAGGGGCACAUCCAGCAAUGAAAACAGAACAUUUUUACAAACCUUUUUGCUUGCUGAUGUUACUGGUGGUUUGUAACCCAGCUAAGAAAAUUUACAUUAAUCCACGGGGUCCCACUGACAAGGUGACUUUGUCAUCACUCUGUCCCUCUCUGGUCCUCGUGGAUGUGACACAGUGACAACCAGUUGCAGCUGGAGGUGAUGGUGACUUACAAGGAGCUGUGCUGAGGCAAAGAACCCCUUGGCUGAGCCUGCAGUUGCUGUUCAUUCUGAGAGGCCACAGAAGGGGUUAAUGCAUUGACACCAAGUCCCUGUUCCCUGACUAAUCUAAACUAAAACAUUAAACUGUCUGAAGUGAUCCCCACUCUUUGUACCCUUCAAGGCAGUGGGGAAGGACUCACUUUCAGGCAGGUGGAGGGUAUCCUGUCCCUGAAACACUCUGUCCCACCCUGUUACCCCACAGCACUGCCAGGGGACACCACCACAGCUCUCCCUGCUGUCCAAGGGUUGGGGACAGUGAGUUCCAGGGCACUGGGGCCGGACACGUGGUGGCCUCCCCUCCUCCUAAGGAUGAGGAUUGCACAUCCCAGGGCAGGGCUGUGCAGGUCCAGUGUCACUGGGUACCCACAGCCACCCCUGGCAGAGCAUGGCCCACAGCCCUGGUGGUCGGUUUGUCACAUACAUGAAACUGGGAGCAGCAUCAGUCACAGAAAUGCUUUGCAAGGCAAGGAGGAGAUUCAGCAGGUCAUUAAUGACAGUAAAUAGGCACGUCUGUUCUAGGUGUCCCACGUUCUAGUCAUGGUUUCGCUUCUAGUUUUGUGUUUUCCAUUUCCCCCCUUUUUUGCCAGACCAGGCAAUGCCAUUGGCAGCUGUACAAUGCUGAUGGGGAGUUUGCUCCCGUGGGUUUUUAGGGACAGUCAGGUCCAAAUCCAUCCUUCAGAAGUGGGGUUUCAGAGGUGGCUGUGACUGCUUCACGUAGGGUGGACGCUCAGGCAUUGAAGAACAGUAAUGGUCAGUGCAGCGUCUGUACCACACAAUAUGCCAAGAUUGCAAUUUUGUUUAAUCUAAAAAAAAAAAAUACAUAUUAAAGGUAAAAUACAGGUCUUUUAUUUGUGAUGUCUUUUGGAGCUCUUCAUUUUAAGUGUGAAAAAAAAAAUACUGGGGGGGGGGGAAACGCUGUGCCACGAUGAAUGCAAGUGUUUAAAACAGCAGCCAGACAACGUAGGUGUCUCCCACGCAAAUUAACUCGGUUUCAUGGGGAAAAUAAAAGUUCUUUCCAGUCCACACCAACCCCACAUGCAACUGUUCACACACAGUGUACAUAAUGUAGUUAGUGCUUGAAGCUACAAACCUAAUAGGGGUAAAAACAACAACAACAACAUGUAGAUGUAAAAUUGGAGCACUUUUUUUUUUUAAUUUUAAUUUUAAUGAUGAUUUUGCAUGUUUCCUUUCUGAUGGAGAAGCUGUGUAGCAGCCCGCAUGACUGUGGUUGUUCUCAAGGAAGACUUCUGCUGUUCUGCUGUAUUCACGCUGAAACAAAAGCAAAAGUUUGCGUCCGUUGACCCAGUUCAAAAACCUUUUUUUGUAACCGCCAACAGCACAAAUAUUUUGUAUUGUUGUUUGUACCAUUUUUGUACCAAAAACAAAAGAGGGAAAAAAAAAAAAGGGAAGAAAGUAAAUGUUUUCAAUGUGUUUUUAGUGCCACUGCAAUCUUGGUUUCCAAACUGAGUGACAGGUUUGCUGAUUUAUUGUGUAUCAAAGCUGAACUGGCGCACUGACGCCUGGCUCCAGUGUAAUAAAAAUAAAGUCCCCCUUUUGAAUAGU